AAGAAAGUCCUAGUGUUAAUAUGGAUGAAAAUUUGAAUGUUGGUACAAGUAAAAGCUUAAAUGCCAAUAUAGAUUUGGUGGAAGAAGUCAACUUAAUUAGCAAUGAAGAUAGCCAGAUUGAUAGUGACGAAUAUAACCAUGCUAGUGAAAGUGAAGACAACAAUCAUAUCACUGAAGACGAAUAUAAUCAUACUAAUGAAGACAAAGAUCAAUUUUUUACUGUAUCGUUCGAAGAUUUCAUACCAUUUUAUACAGUUAAGAUCAAUGGUGUUGAGAAUUCUCAUUAUUUUGGCGCUCCUUAUUUUAAAAUUGGUUUGGUAUUAUGCUUAAUUUCAUAA